AUGGAUGAAUACCGCACUCUACCGAUGGUUUGGUAUAUUCCACCGCUAUCUCCUUUACAAGCAGCAGCCCAAGCAGGCAAAAUUCCGUCCAAAGACGGCAUCAUUCCUGAUAUGGAUGAUAUGCGCAUCCCCGUCAAAUAUUUAGCCAACUUGCUCACGGGUGGGAAAGAAGCUCCCAUUCGCCUUGGGCUAAAACGUAUGUUGGCUAUGCGUCGUUACAUGCGCAGCAAAUUGGUUUUAGGCAAAGAAGAUAACCAAUUCAUUCAAGAGGUUAACCUUAGCCAUGAACAAGUACAAGAUAUGUAUCACAUCAUGGCCAUUGCCAACUAUGAAGAUCGCUUUGUGAUCCCAACAGGUCACCGUGAGGAAUCCAUUGAUGCGUAUGGCGAAACGGGAGCCUGUGGAUGCAAACCCGAUGCCAAAGCGAUGGAACAAGCCUUGGCGGUUGCCUCUGGUCAGGCACAAGAUUUUGAUGCCUUAGAUGCCUUAUGGGAAGACCCAGAUGUGUUUGCCAACAACCCUCUCAAUCCCGAUACGAGUGGAGAUUGUUCUGGAUCAAGUCGUCAAUCAGAACAACCCGUCCAUUUUCACCCCACCUUAAAACCUCAAACCAACGCGCCUCACCCUUUGCCUGCUGCGAACCAUGGGAGAACCUUAUGA